GUUCCCCGCUCCUCGCCUCCCGCACGCCCGGCCCGGAGCGGGGCCGGUGGCGGCGCACGGAGCCCGCCCGGGGCUGCCCGGUGCCGGUGCCGGUACCGUUACCGGUGCCGGUACCGGAGCUGUCCAGUGCUGAAAGCUCCGGCCCGGCCCCGCCAUGCCCCGCUCCUUCCUGGUGAAGAAGCUGAAGGCGGACGCGUUCCCGGUCGCCGGGGUCCCCGCGCCCCCCUACGCCCCCCUGGAGCCCCCCUACGCGCUGCCCGGCCCCGCCGCCGGCGAUGGGUACCUCCAGCACUGCCUGGCGCCUGCCGCCUACGACUCCGACAAGAAGCAGGGGCUGCCGCCGGCGCCGCCGGACCCGGCCUACGCUCCCGGCCAGGAGGAGUACAGCGACCCCGAGAGCCCCCAGUCCAGCUUCUCGGCCCGUUACUUCAACGGGGAGGCGGCGGUGACGGACAGCUACUCCAUGGACGCCUUCUUCAUCACCGACGGGCGGUCGCGCCGGCGCGGCGAGAGCCAGCGCCGCGGCGGCCACCGCCACUCGUGCCCCGAGUGCGGCAAGACCUACGCCACCUCCUCCAACCUCAGCCGGCACAAGCAGACGCACCGCAGCCUGGACAGCAAGAUGGCGAGGAAGUGCCCGACCUGCGGCAAGGCGUACGUCUCCAUGCCCGCCCUGGCCAUGCACGUCCUCACCCACAACCUCAAGCACAAGUGCGACGUCUGUGGCAAGGCCUUCAGCCGGCCCUGGCUGCUGCAGGGCCACAUGCGCUCGCACACGGGCGAGAAGCCCUUCGGCUGCUCCCACUGCGGGAAGGCGUUCGCCGACCGCUCCAACCUGCGCGCCCACAUGCAGACCCACUCCGCCUUCAAGCACUACAAGUGCAAGCAGUGCGAGAAGACCUUCGCCCUCAAGUCGUACCUCAACAAGCACUACGAGUCCGCCUGCUUCAAGGGCUCCGAACACAGCUGUGCAAUAGGGACCUAGCCUCCGCGCCCCCCCCCCCCUGCACCCAGCACCCCCACCCACCCCGUCCCUCCCC